AUGCCAGACAGCGAUAGCAGAUCGGGGACUGACGACGGAAUGUCCAGAGACUACGAGUACAAUUCAUCAGGCUCAAGCCGGGCCUCAACCGACCAGUUCAGCCAGGACAUGGACAAUGACCCCGAUCACCUGAAAUCGCGCGCAUCAAGCCGCUCCUCACUCUCUUCGAUGCCCGCCUCCGUCCUCGUCCAUCCCACCAAGCAGUCCAAUGCAAUGCUCUUGCAUGAGAAAAUCGCCGGCUACACCAUCGAAGACGACGAGGAGCGCUUCGGCGGCUUCGCCGACCAGCCUCGCUCCAUGCGUACUAUUCGGCCACGCGAGGCCGGUUUCCGGAAACCGAGCUCCGUCCGCGCCAUGCAGAUGCACACGGAGGACGAGGCGGACGACGACGACUAUCUCACCCCGCCGCGGCGGCGCACGGGUAUGAGGUCGCCGGGCAACCCUUCACGGCGGUCGCCAUACUACUCGCCGAAGUCGGCAUCCGAGAAGCCAAAGCCGAAGAGGGAGUUUCCGCUCGUGCUGCUGCACUGUAAUCUGCUGCCGCCGUCGAUGCCGGUCGUCGGCGCGGCGGAGCCGAGGAACCAGGCGCUGGUCGAGGAAGCGUUGCCGGCACCGUUCUGGAAGCGGUGGCGGCGGUUGCAGGAGAAGGUUGGCUCGGGGGUGGUGAGAGACCGGGGAGUGUUGAUCUCGCAUCCGGAAGAUCUGUACGAUCUGCUCGAGGAGCGUCUGCUGGAGAGCCUGGAGCUACAGCGUGCGCGGGUUAGUCAGGGGCAUUUCCUUGGGCAUGAGGACAGGGAAGAGUGCCCGGACUGUGGGGGCCGGGUGGUUGGGCAUGGCGAUAAGAAUCGCAAGUGGGAAAUUAGGGUCUACGCGGCCAAUGGUCUCAUGCGCGCCGGGGCUUGGGCAGCCGCGUGGCGAGAAAUGGAGAAAGUCGAUGUGGAGGUCGGCCUAUGGUUGCCGUCUGAUAUACGAAGGGCGCUUGAGAAGCGGAUUGCGGAGGAGAGGUCGUCGGAGAGUCAGGCAUUGAUGGCACCGAAUGAUGCUGCUAAACUGGGGUUUGACAGGCGGCCAAGCUCGACCGUAGGUCAGUCUAAGGCUUUCAGUGAAGCUGGGUCUAUAAGAUUGGACUGUGUGCCUCCAUUGCCUGCACCCCCAGUCGAGGCCGGGCCUGUGCCUCCGAACACGCAAGAGUACAAGCCGGCGAAGAAGCACGAAAUUGCUCUUUCUACUCUUUUAUUCAACUAUGUUCGGGUCCUGGCGUCUGAUAAGCGCAACAUUGCGCUCGUGGCUAUGAGUGUUCUCGUUGCCUUCUUAUCCUUCAGAGCUGGGCCCGCAGCUCUGCAGCCAGCCAUGAAUCCAUUUCCUAAUGAGGCGAAGGGGUUGCCAGUUGCUCCAAUUGUAGAGGUUUUUACACCGAUUGUGUCGGUUCGAGCCUCGGCCCAUUCGUCUCCAAGUGUUCUUACUGCGGAUGUGCUACAAGAAAUCACAUCUCAGGAGACCGAACACAUUGCACAGGAGACAACGAUCGAUGAGUCUGGUCCGUCCGUCUCGCAACCUACCGAAGAUGACGACGAGGCUGUAGAACAGAUAGACCAUGAGGAUGGGCUCCCGCAUUUACUCACCCAUAGAUCCACCAAGGCAGACAUCGAUGUCAAAUCAACAGAGCAGCAUAUACCGCCAGAACCCGCGCAAUUCAACGAUGAAUCUCCCCUCGCCACCGAGACACAUGUCGCGCCUGGUUCUGAGGCCAAAUCUGAGCCCUUACAAGGAACACGUCAUGAACGUUUGGUUCCCGAAGAUAUAGAGAGUGAUUCAGAACCCGAGACGGAGUCCGCGACUGAGCUGCAGCCCACCUCUGAGGUUGAAAUUGAAGAAGCUGCUGAAGAAAUGAAGUCCGGAAUGCCCGCAGAAUUCUUGGAAGAGUCGCACCUUAAACCUACGGUGCUUGAGGAUAUACCAGCAUUUGAAGCAGAGCUCCCUUCUCCGCUCCAACUCACUCCUGAGUUUGAGGCUAAGCCUGUUGAAGAAACCGAACCCAAAACAGCAGUGCAGCACGACGAAGAAAGCCCAAUACCGGAGGAUCUCUCGGAGCUGAAUCCCGAAUCUAUUGCUGAGUCUGAGACAGAGUCGGGACUUUCUAAGGAGCACGCGGUCGAUGGCUUGGAUGAUACGCUGUAUGUCAAUGAGAUCGACGAUGCCCAGACCGAGCCUGUCUUCCAACAACCCCUGGAACUUGAAUGA